CAAGAUGGGUGGAUUUGGCAGUAGAUGUUGUCUUCAGAGGAUAGACUUCCCAACGUGUCUAUUCUAUAACUGGUCUAAGGUGCCAUCUGUGCUUGUGUUUGUGCUUUUGGUGCUCAAAAUCAAACCAGAUACCGAGACCACCGAGACCGAAGCCGCCGAAUCUGCAAGAGCAAGACCAAUCGAAUCUUUAGUGUGUUGUUUAGGCUAUUUCUAUUUAUAAUUAAUAUCAAUAUUAAUAGGGAUUAAGUUUGUUAAUUUGUUAUUUUGUGAAAAAGAAUAACUUACAGCAAUAGAAAUCUAAAAGAGUAAAAUGGCUGAUGUUCUUGAACUCGACAAUGCCGAAGAAUUUGAAGCUGAUGAUGAUGGUGAUCAAGGGAUUGCUCGAUUGAAGGAGAAGGCGAAAAAAAGGAAAGGUAGAGGAUUUGGUGGAGAAAAAACAGCGAGAGAGGAAAUUAGGAAUUAUGACUCUAUGGACAUUGAUGACAAUGAGGAACCAGGACCUCAAAGAUCUGUUGAAGGAUGGAUCCUAUUCGUGACAUCAGUUCACGAAGAAGCGCAAGAAGAUGAUAUUCAUGAGAAAUUCGCUGAGUUUGGGGAAAUUAAGAACAUUCAUCUUAAUCUUGAUCGGCGGACGGGAUUCUUGAAGGGCUAUGCGCUUGUUGAAUACGAUUCCUACAAAGAAGCUCUUGCUGCAAAAGAAGCACUAAACAAUACAGACAUCCUUGGACAGCAGAUAGGAGUUGAUUGGUGCUUCGUCAAGGGACCUAAAAAGACACGAAAAAGUAGAAGGAGGAGGAUGUAAAUAAUUUAAGAAUUAAUUAACGUCAUUUUAUUUCGUGAAUUGGAGUAGCAGUUCCACCUCCAAAGUGAAUAAUGGAUUAAUUUUUUGCAUUGAGUGACUGAACAGUAAAAGAGUUUUCUGAUGAAUGUUCGUUGAAAUUGUUGCGUUUUGAUGAAUAAUCAAAACCAAAGAAUGUAAGUUUCAUAUAAAUACAGUUUUUUUCAAUAAUA